AUGGAGGGCGGUCCGAUGGUAAUUUGCCUUUUUUCCUUUAAAUUAUUUUCUCUUCCUUUCUAUUUCUCUAUUUAUUUAUUUUUACAAACCAAGCGACUCGAGACAACAAUGAGCCACAUGUACAUUCUUCAGGGGAAUUCCCCUCUCAGUAAGGCGGUUUUAUGCGUGCUUCGGAUGUUUUCCGUUCCCAUGGAACAAAUCCUCACGGACGGCACACACUUUGCCGUGAAUGAUGGGUCAGUGAUCCACAUUGGUCUUCUCCCGAUUUUGAUGGUGCUUCGCAAGUCCUCAGAAACUCCCGAGUUGAGAGCAUUUGUCGGGGCGGAGGCCGAGGUGCUUCCGCUGGUAAAUCAAUGGAUUUCAACAGCACUUCUUCUCUCGGCGGAUGCUGCGGGUGCUCGGGCCACUGCCUGUGCAACAACACCUCUCGCCACACAUUUCUUUGCGGAGAUUGAGCGCUGCGUGGAAAGCUUCAAACUAAAAAAUGGUUUUCUGGCGGGAACGCCAAGGGCAACUGUUGCAGACCUUCUUCUUUACGCCGCCAUUCACGGGCACCCGAAUGGGUUGACCGAGGCACUACCAUCCACGCUGGCGUGGUCCCACCAUGCACAGCAGGAUGCGUACCUGGAGCCAAUUCUUUCGGCGCCGACCGCAAAGGCAACGGCGGCGGCUCCCAAUGCGUCAAAGGUGAAGAAAACGAUUUACGUGAAGCCGUCAGAGGAAGAAAUUUUGCGCCGUCGCCAGGAGAAGGAAAAGGAGCAGAAGGCAAAAUUGGCACAAGCCGCUAACGCCUCCACUGCUGCCACGUCGUCCGGCACGAAGGAUGGUCACACCCAGAAGGGGGGGCAAAAGGAACAGUCACAGCAGGCUGCUGCACCUGACCCGAACCAAAUUGACAUUCGCGUCGGACGGUUUAAAAAUAUUAAACGGCACCCGGACGCCGAUCGUCUGUACGUGGAAGAAAUGGAUCUCGGCACGGAGACGCGUACAAUCGUCUCUGGUCUUGUGGGACACUACACGGCUGAGGAAUUGGAGGGGUCCCUGUGCCUGACUGUGUGCAACAUGAAACCGAAGCCACUUAAGGGUAUCAACUCGGAAGGCAUGAUACUUUGCGCAUCCAAUGAAGCCGAACUUCGCCUUGUUCAACCACCCGAUGGAGCCAAACCUGGCGAUCGCAUAUUGUUUGCCGACGCGUUUAACGCAGAGGCACUAAAAAAGACGAAGCAACUUUCCAGGCAUGUCAUGGGUGAUUUGAUUGGGUUUCUUCACACGGACGGCGAGGGCAUUUUGCGUUGGCGAGACAUCCCCGCACAGCACGCCCAUGGUGUGGUGAGGGUUCCCGACAUUACUAAUGCUAUUGUGAAGUAG